GAGGGCGGGGCCGCCGCCGCCCGCGAGGAGAGAGGGCUGCUUCGGCGGUCUCCGCGCCUUCCUAGCUUUGGGGGUCGGGGCUCCGCGCCGAGGCCGCUCCCCCGGCCGCUUCUCCGUGCAGUCAGCGUGCUGCCCCUCCCCGUCCCCUGCGAGCGGCCGUGUGCCCCGCUCCUCUCCUCGUUCAGCACAAAGACACGGGGAGGGCUUCUCGGUUCUUCCGCGCCGUGGGUCGGGGCGGGCAGUCGGCCGCUGCCACCAGCGGAACCCGCGCGGCGCGGAGAGCGUUCCUUUCCGGGCCCGGAAGCGCCGAGGAGCUGCAGUAACGGUGGGCGGCUGAGGUGAGCGGAGCGGCGGGAGCGGGCCCGUGAGUGAAAUCGCUGUUGUUACGGCGCGGCUCGUCCUGCAGCUUGAUCCGGAGAGAAGCGCGGCGUUGAUGAGCGUCCUUCUUUGAGAAGCGCUGCUCGUCAGGUCGUUCUUGCUGCUUGUUGCUCGGCAAUGCCUAAACGUGGAGAUUAACUGCAGUAACAAACCAAGAUACCUCCAGAUACUAAUUUGGCUGUUAAAUUAAUUUCAAACCCAUAAAUUGCCUUGCUGGAAGCAAAUUCUGUGUCUUUACCAGCAUGGCUGUAGCUGUUACGUUGCUGAACAGCGUGUGCUUACGUGGUAGAUGCUGCAGACACAAAGUUUUGCAACCUUUGCUUGGAACUCUCCGUGUUGAUUCCAUGUCAAAAUGUUACAGCAGUUACAGGAGGCCAGGGUCACAGCCUGAGGUAACACCGUCUUGGCGAAACAUUGAUUUCAGCUUUAAGAAGGGCAUUAAUGCCUUAAAGACUCAGCUAAGCUUGCUGAAGAAGGAGACCGAAGACCACCUAAAAGGACCUGACGGCCAUUCGUUCAGUGAAUACAUGUUGGAACAGACAAAGGUGAUGUGGGUGUUUCGGAGCCAGGAAGAUUUAAAUAAAUGGGUUAUUUCCUCCGAUGUGGAGAUUGGAGGAAAAAGUGAAGUUUACCUAAAAUUGGGUAGGAACAACCAGGGUGCUAUGCUGUAUGGAAUACUCAAUACUGAAGUACCUCGCGAUGGGGAGACGAAAUACAGUGGAUAUUGUACUAUGAGAGCCAAGCCACCAGUGGGAUCUUUUGCCAGGAAGAAGUAUUAUGACUGGUCAAACUUCAACAGUCUGUAUUUACGUGUCCGUGGCGAUGGCAGACCUUGGAUGGUAAACAUUUAUACAGACCCUUACUUCUCCCAUCAAAAGGAUGACCUGUACAACUACUUCAUGUUCACCCGAGGAGGACCGUACUGGGAGGAAAUAAAGAUUCCGUUCUCCAAAUUCUUUCUGUCCAGUCGAGGAAGAGUACAGGAUGACCAACACCCUAUCUGGUUAGACAAGAUCAGUACCCUUGGAUUCACACUGGGAGAUAAAGUAGAUGGUCCCUUCCAGCUGGAGAUUGAUUUUAUUGGCCUGCUAAAUGACAGAGCUCACACAGAAGAAUUUGCCUAUGAAACUUAUGAAAGGAAUCCUAGAAUAUAAGUUGGUUUUGUGUCCUUUGGAACAUUCAUCAGCUGCUUACUUAAUGUUUAAGCAUUUUGUAAAGUGUGAGAAUAUCCUUCAAGUUGUUAUAAUUAUGUAAACAUUAAACGUUAAGUGGAUGAAGUGUUGACUCAUAAUCUGACUAGACUGACACUGUUGGCAUCAUCAAGCUGCCAACAACAGGCUGAGAGCUUGUACCUACAGGAACUGGAAUACAGCCUGCUGAGAGCUGCAGUACAUGCUUACUGUGUAUUAACUGCUGUCUGGGUACAUUUUAACUUUUGUUCUGAAUAAAAGUAUUCUGUUAACGUGG